GUGAAAGUAAAGUGUGAAACUCCACCGUCCUUUUCCCCCGUUAUUUCUGGAAAAGACGUCGUGUUACAUUCUGUUCGUUGAUAAAUUAGCCUUUGGACUGUUUUGGUUUAUUUUUCUAAACUCCUAAUAGUUUUAUUCACCAGUUACAAACCGCUUUACCUUGGAGUCAGACUUGUUUUGUAGUGAAAUGAAGACCUUUCCGACCUCGGCGGUCUGGUGUUUAGGGAUUCUGUUCAUCAGUGUUUCAUUGAUAACAACAGGGUCGUCUGAGGUUCAGGUUGUUGGACCGGCUGACCCAGUCGAUGCCUUAGCUGGUGAUGACAUCAUUCUACCAUGUUCCCUGAAACCCAAAGCCAGUGCUGAGACCAUGAUAGUGAGGUGGACAAGAUUGAACCUGACAACAGAAAACGUCCAUCUUUACCGUGAUGGUCGAGACUCCAAUGAGGACCAGUCUCCAUCCUACAGGGGAAGGACAUCAAUGUUUAAUGAAGAACUGAAGAACGGCAACGUCUCCUUAAAGCUGACCAGAGUUACUCUCUCUGAUGCUGGAAGCUAUAUGUGCUUCAUUCCAACACUGACCAGCCAGGUGAAGGAAACCACCGUUCAACUCCUUGUUGGUGCUGUAUCUCAGCCAGUGACCUCUAUUAUUGGAACCAAAGGCGGGGGGGUGGUCCUGAAGUGUGAGUCUGGAGGCUGGUUUCCUGAACCUGAGAUGGAGUGGCUGGACAGUUCUGGAACCAUCCUCCCUGCUGAUGGACCUCCAGAGAGACACAGGGACCCAGAGGGCCUCUACACUGUGAGACGACAUGUCACCGUGAACCAGACUGACACCAACAGGUUCACCUGUAGAGUUAAUCAGACGGAGAUCAACCACCUGAAGGAGACAGAGAUUCAUGUCCCAGAUGACGUGUUUCCUAAAUCACACGUAGGGUUGAUUGUUGGUCUACUAGCAGCAGCUGUUGUAGUUCUUACAGCUUCAGCUGGUGGUGUCUACUGGUGGAGAAAACAUAUGAAAGAGAAGGAGCAAAGACAACGAUUGGAAGAACGACGUGAUGCCCUGUUUGUGACCAGACAUAAGGAUCACCUCAUUCAUAUGGUUUCCAAGGGGAAAUCCAUAGCAUCUGAGCUGCACCAGAAGGACUUGAUCCCUGAUGAGAUGAACUCUCAGAUCAGUGCUGCCAGGACCAGCCAGGACCAGAUGAGACUGUUGUUCUUGGCCCUAGAAGAAGCAGAAGACACAACAAGAGUGAAAUCAGCAUUUUACAGGAUUCUACUGGAUCUGGAACCUGACGUUGUCAAGGACCUGGAGGAGCAAAGACAACGAUUGGAAGAACUACGUGAUGCCCUGUUUGUGACCAGACAUAAGGAUCACCUCAUUCAUAUGGUUUCCAAGGGGAAAUCCAUAGCAUCUGAGCUGCACCAGAAGGACUUGAUCCCUGAUGAGAUGAACUCUCAGAUCAGUGCUGCCAGGACCAGCCAGGACCAGAUGAGACUGUUGUUCUUGGCCCUAGAAGAAGCAGAAGACACAACAAGAGUGAAAUCAGCAUUUUACAGGAUUCUACUGGAUCUGGAACCUGACGUUGUCAAGGACCUGGAGGAGCAAAGACAACGAUUGGAAGAACUACAGAAGAAGAUUAUAAAAGAUUUGGAAGAACGAGUGAAGGACUAUAAAUUGGAACAGGAAAAAAGGCGUGAUGUCCUGUUUGUGGACAGACACAAGGAUCACCUCAUUCAGAGGGUUUCCAAGGGGAAAUCUAUAGCAUCUGAGCUGCACCAGAAGGACUUGAUCCCUGAUGAGAUGAACUCUCAGAUCAGUGCUGCCGGGACCAGCCAGGACCAGAUGAGACUGUUGUUCAAGGCUCUAGGGAGGAAAAAGGUGAAAUCAGACUUUUACAGGAUUCUACUGGAUCUGGAACCUGACGUUGUCAUUGAAGUGGGUGCCAGUUUUGUGGACGACCAUAAGGAUCAACUCAUUCAGAAAGUUACCCAGGUGAAGCCCAUAAUGUAUGAGCUGUUCUAUGAGGAGUUGUACGGUAACAUCAAGAUCAACCAGAUGAACAGACAGGAACAGAUGAGACUGUUGUACGAGGCCCUGGAAGAAGCAGAAGACACAAGACGGGUGAAAUCAGACUUUUACAGGAUUCUACUGGAUCUGGAACCUUAUCUAGUCUAUCACCUGGAUAUAUAUGAUGACUACUUUGGUCUAUUUAACCUCAUUGAUAUAUAUGAUGACGACAUUAGUCUAUUUAACCUCUUUGAGGAGGAGCAAAGACAACGAUGGGAAGAACUACGUGAUGCCCAGUUUGUGACCAGACACAAGGACCACCUCAUUCAGAAUGUUUCCAAGGGGAAAUCCAUAGCAUCUGAGCUGCACCAGAAGGACUUGAUCCCUGAUGAGAUGAACUCUCAGAUCAGUGCUGCCAGGACCAGCCAGGACCAGAUGAGACUGUUGUUCAAGGCCCUAGAAGAAGCAGAAAACACAACAAGAGUGAAAUCUACAUUUUACAGGAUUCUACUGGAUCUGGAACCUGACGUUGUCAAAGACCUGAAGAAGGAGCAAAGACAACGAUGGGAAGAACGAGAGAAGAAGCGUAGAGAAGAAUUGGAAGAACAAAGUGAUGCCCAGUUUGUGAACAAACACAAGGAUCACCUCAUUCAGAUGGUUUCCAAGGGGGAAUCCAUAGCAUCUGAGCUGCACCAGAAGGACUUGAUCCCUGAUGAGAUGAACUCUCAGAUCAGUGCUGCCGGGACCAGCCAGGACCAGAUGAGACUGUUGUUCAAGGCCCUAGAAGAAGCAGAAGACACAACAAGAGUGAAAUCUACAUUUUACAAGAUUCUACUGGAUCUGGAACCUGACGUUGUCAAAGACCUGAAUGUAAAUAAGAUGAAGGCCCCCAAGAAGCUCAGGAAAGAGAACGAGAAGCUCAGGAAAGAGAACGAGAAGCUCAGGAAAGAGAACGAGAAGCUCAGGAAAGAGAACGAUGAACUCAAAGAAAAGCUGAGGAAAGCUGAAGAAACCAACCAAUCCCUCUCCACCUCUCCAGGUGGUCAACAGAAAACACAGACUCCUUCCCAAAAGUCUGAGGGGAUUGAAGGGAUGGAGAUGGAGUCUUUACCAGGGAGGAAGUCUGGUCCUGGUCCAGGGAGGAAGUCUGCUCCUGAGAUGGAGUCUUUACCAGGGAGGAAGUCUGCUCCUGAGAUGGAGUCUUUACCAGGGAGGAAGUCUGCUCCUGAGAUGGAGUCUUUACCAGGGAGGAAGUCUGCUCCUGAGAUGAAGCCUUUACUGGCUGCUGGACCACAGAAGGAAGAUCUGUAUGAUCUGGAGAGGGGAGGAAGAGAUACUACAGAAUUUAACUAUAGAGAGACAAUACCUUCAGGGAGGAAGUCUGGUCCAGAGAAGGAGAUGGAGAUGAAGCCUUUACUGGGUCCUGGACCACAGAAGGAUGAUCUGGAUGAGCUGGAGAGGGAGGAAGAGUUACUACAGAAUUUAACUAUGUGCUAUAGGGUUACUAUAGAGAGACUAUAACUAUAGAGCUGAGUUACUAUAGAGAGACUAUAACUAUAGAGCUGAGUUACUAUAGAGAGACUAUAACUAUAGAGCUGAGUUACUAUAGAGAGACUAUAACUAUAGAGCUGAGUUACUAUAGAGAGACUAUAACUAUAGAGCUGAGUUA